UUAUACUUUAAAGUUUCACACUAUCAUAAUAGGAAAUUACAAUAAGUGUCUUUAACACUGAGCCUGAUGUCAAAUGUACUUUGACAUUUGUAAGUUUCUGUGUGAAGCUCCGUGUUGGAGGUCUGGAUAAUAAACAUCUCAAAUGACAAGAAAGUAAAAUAAAUGUUAAAUCUCAGAGGCUAAUCUCUGCAUCAAACACACACACACACACACACACACACGGGAACCAGAGAACAUCAAGAGGUUGGCAUGUUGAUAUGGACUGUUUGAUCAUUGCAUGGGGGGUGACUCGCAUGUCCUCACUGACCAGCCGCUCUGAUAACACCAGAGAAUGGAAUGCAGCGGCCUGUGAAGAUCAAGAAGAAUGGAGGAAGUGUGAAUUUAGGCAUUUACAUAGUAUUGUGUACCAGGAGGAGCUCAGGUCAUAUUACCAACUGCUUCAGAUAUAGCAGGUACAGCGUGUGGAGAGGUCUCUGUGCUGUGUCACCAGAUAUAUCUGUAUUGGGGAUAUAAAUACUAGUUAAAGAUGACGCAGAGAAUAGGACUUCUGAAUCUGACAACGGAGAAUGGCUCAAGCAUCCGUGACUCUAAACGGAUGGCUGAACCUUCAAGCAGAGGAGUCUGAGUCAUCAACUGAUACCUCAACAUCCGAGACCUCAUCUGAUACUGACUCCUCAUCUGUGCUUUCAGAGGACGUGGUAUUACCCGAUCUGUGGGGCCAUUUGGAUCAAUAUUUCCAAGAAGGGUUAUCGCCAUCAUCAUCGCCACAGGAUGACGCAACAGGGCAUGCCUCAGAUGGUCAAAACAUUAUACAUUCUCUAGAGGCUGCCCGGUUAACCGGAGGAGAUCCGGGGGAUGCGAUACCUAGUCAAAAUUUUGAAGAACAACCGCCAUUUCACCGGGAGUCUGUCUCAACCACUAAUCAACCGCUGAUGGCCGCGGAGAGGUCUAGGCCUCAACCAGCGGACAGAGAUCCAGGAUUCUCAUCGGGUCGCAACAACAGGAGAACCAGUUCUGAGAAUCCACACCUGAGAUCCCACGGGGCUUCCAGCAAAGGAUUUCCAUCUGCACGCUGGUUUUUCAUUCCCACGCCUACUUUACUCCCAUUCGCUCCUGCUCACCACGCAUGCUUCACGCUCAUUGGCUCCUGCUAACCACGCCUGCUUCAUGCUCAUUGGUCCACGCAUAACGCCACGCACUUCCGUCAUGACGUACUUCCGAGGUGACGUACUUCCGGUGUGAAGCACUUUCAGGGGGUAGAGACAUCCGGGGGUGUUUAAUCAAAGUUCAAAGGUCACCAUCAAUCAUUUGUCAAUUAAAAAGUGACAGAAGGUAUUGUUUAUCUCUCUCUCUUAUAUCUGUCGUAGAAAUAUGUGUCCAAAUAUGUUUUGCUUCGGGAUGAAAUGACAGCUUUAACCCAGUCGAAUUGAGAAAAUAAACACAUCUCAUAGAAAGAAGGUGAAACGGACUAUUUCCUCUGUGGGGACAAAGUGUCAACAGAGACAAGUCAAAUUGUUGUAUCCUCCACAUGUGUGCUAUUUUGUAAGUAGAAAUGGGUGUCUCAGUACCUCUAGAAAGAACCUGAAUGUAGUACAAUGAUGAAAUUGAUGUCUGGGGACAAAGUUUUACAAGAAACUCAAAACAAAUCACGUUGUUGUUCAAAGGUGUCUGGUUUGUGAUCUUAUUAAUAUAACAUGUUUCUCCAGGAUCCUCUGUGAAGAAAUACGAGAUUAAUCCUUAUACACUGAAAAUACAAUAAUCUCAUCGAAUAAAGUUGAACAUCUGCUGUCAGAAGACCAAUUCAUGUUUUCCAUCAUAAAAAUCUAGUCUUUAAUGUUUCUAAGAGGCCCUGGGAAACAAAAACAGCUUCAUUUUGAAAGAAAACUUACAUCAUGGAAAAAAGUUCUAUCUGAACAACUACUGUGUGGAG